AUGAGAAGGACCGAAGAAACCUCCCUUGCGGAGUAUGUGGAACUUCCAUUGGAUCACUUUGGAACUGGACAUAGAACAUUCAAAAACCGUUUCUGGGUCGCAGAGAGUGGUUACAAAGGAGCUGGUCAUCCUGUCUUCAUCUACGAUGCCGGAGAGAGCAGUGCGGGCACAAGUGCGCAUUUCCGCCUGCACAAUAAAUUGUCAUUCUUCAAGCAGCUCGUCGACUCUUUUGGUGGCAUCGGUAUAGUUUGGGAACAUCGAUAUUACGGCGAGUCGAGUCCAGUGCCUAUUGAUAAGCAUACGCCGCUUAGGGAGUUUAAAUAUUUGACUAGCGCCCAAGCUCUUGCUGACGUGCCAGUAUUUGCUUGGAAUUUCUCGAGAGAGAAUUUUCCCGAGAUCGAUCUGACACCAGCUUCUACGCCAUGGAUCUUUGUAGGAGGAUCCUAUCCGGGGAUGCGCGCGGCCUUUAUGCGAGAAACUUAUCCAGAAACUAUUUUUGCAUCAUAUGCUUCCUCAGCACCAGUCGAAGCGAGAACGAACAUGUCGGUCUAUUUCGAGCCAGUAUACCGAGGGUUGAAUGCCUACGGAUUUGGAAACUGCACAAAGGACAUCCACGCUGCCAUACUUUAUAUGGACAACAUCAUGGCCAACGAAUCUGCCUCCAAGAAACUCAAAGAGCAAUUUUUAGGCCAUGGCGCCGGUGAUAAUUCGAACGGCGUAUUUGCUGAAGUGCUGGAGUCCAUCUUUUACACAUGGCAGGCUUAUGGAGUUGAGGGCGGCCUAAUUGGGCUCCGAAACUUUUGUGAUUGGUUGGAAACCGAUGAAACCGAGAAACCAGGCGGCAAAACUGCAGGCGCCAAAGGAUGGGCAUCUACCGAAGGCCCUCAAUAUGUUGUUGACAAGUGGGCGCGGUAUCCCAAUUUCGUUACGCUUGUCAACGCAGCUUUUGGCACCGAUUGUGAGGGCCCAACUAAGCGUACUUCUCGGCAUGGAGAUUGCAGCCUUGCAAAACAGACCAGUAUUCCAGCGUCGAUCAGCUGGCUUUGGCAAUCCUGUACUGAAUGGGGUUUUCUGCAAUCCGCAAACAUCGGCGACACCCAGAUUGUCUCUCGUUGGAAUUCACUGGAGUACCAGCGUAGCAUUUGCGACCGCCAAUUUCCAGAUGCAAGUCCUGUUUUGCCUCAAUGGCCACAAGAUGUUGAGACAAACAACGACUUUGGAGGAUGGGAUAUUAGACCAUCCAACACCUUUUGGUCGGGUGGCGAGUUUGACCCCUGGCGCACUCUCAGUCCACUCAGCUCUGAAGACUGGGCGCCACAGGUCGAUCUCUUGAACUAUAUCCCAGCCUGCAACGUUAGCAUGGCCAAGUCUGAGAUAUUCGGCUAUGUCAUACCUAAUGCCCAGCAUUGUUAUGAUUUCCAGACGGCAUUUGCAGACGGUGAGAAAAGCAGGAAUAUUUUCACGAGGGCCUUGGAGAAGUGGUUAAAAUGCUUCAAGUCGGCCAACGGCUACUCCUAUUGA